AUGGCGGCGCCGCUGAGCGAUGGGGAGAGGCGGAAACAGAUCAGCGUGCGGGGCAUCGCGGGGCUGGGAGACGUGGCCGAGGUGCGCAAGAGCUUCAACCGCCACCUCCACUUCACGCUGGUGAAGGACCGCAACGUCGCCACCCCCCGCGAUUACUUCUUCGCCUUGGCGCACACGGUGCGGGACCACCUGGUGGGCCGCUGGAUCCGCACCCAGCAGCACUACUACGAGCGGGACCCCAAGCGUAUUUAUUACCUCUCCCUGGAGUUCUACAUGGGCCGCACCCUGCAGAACACGAUGGUGAACCUGGGCUUGCAGAACGCCUGUGAUGAAGCCAUUUACCAGCUGGGUUUGGACUUGGAGGAACUGGAGGAAAUUGAAGAAGAUGCUGGGCUGGGAAAUGGAGGCCUGGGCCGCCUGGCAGCUUGCUUCCUGGAUUCCAUGGCCACGCUGGGGCUGGCAGCAUACGGAUACGGCAUCCGCUACGAGUUUGGCAUCUUCAAUCAGAAGAUCGUCGAUGGCUGGCAGGUGGAGGAGGCUGACGACUGGUUACGCUACGGCAAUCCUUGGGAGAAAGCCCGCCCAGAGUACAUGCUGCCUGUGCACUUCUACGGCCGCGUGGAGCACAGCCCUGAGGGCGUGAAGUGGGUGGACACACAGGUUGUCCUUGCUAUGCCAUAUGACACGCCAGUGCCAGGAUACAAGAACAACACUGUGAACACUAUGAGGCUGUGGUCUGCAAAAGCACCCAAUGACUUCAACCUCCAAGAGUUCAAUGUGGGUGACUACAUCGAGGCGGUGCUGGACAGAAACCUGGCAGAAAACAUAUCCAGAGUCCUGUACCCAAAUGACAACUUCUUUGAAGGCAAGGAGCUGCGGCUGAAGCAGGAGUACUUUGUGGUGGCUGCAACGCUGCAAGACAUCAUCCGACGUUUUAAGUCCUCCAAAUUUGGCUGUCAAGACCCCGUGAGAACAAGCUUUGAAACCUUCCCGGACAAGGUGGCCAUACAGCUAAAUGACACCCAUCCUGCCCUGUCCAUCCCAGAGCUGAUGCGGAUCCUGGUGGAUGUGGAGAAGGUGGACUGGGACAAGGCCUGGGAGAUCACAAAACAGACCUGUGCAUACACCAACCACACCGUGCUGCCUGAAGCCCUGGAGCGCUGGCCAGUCUCCAUGUUUGAAAAGCUGCUGCCACGUCACCUGGAGAUCAUCUAUGCGCUCAACCAAAUGCAUCUGGAUCGCGUGGCAGCUCUCUACCCAGGGGACAUUGACCGUCUCCGAAGGAUGUCGGUGAUCGAGGAAGGAGACUGCAAGCGUAUCAACAUGGCACACCUCUGUGUCAUCGGCUCUCACGCUGUUAAUGGUGUGGCCCGCAUCCACUCUGACAUCGUGAAGAAUACAGUGUUCAAGGAUUUCUACGAGCUGGACCCUGAGAAAUUUCAGAACAAGACAAACGGGAUCACGCCACGGCGCUGGCUUCUGCUGUGCAACCCGGGACUGGCUGAUGUUAUCGCUGAGAAAAUCGGGGAAGACUUUGUCACAGAUUUGAGCCAGCUGAAGAAGCUCCUGGAUUUCAUCGACGACGAGACGUUCAUCAGAGAUGUGGCAAAAGUCAAGCAGGAGAACAAGUUGAAGUUCUCAGCCUACUUGGAGGAGCACUACAAGGUCAAAAUCAACCCUUCGUCCAUGUUUGAUAUUCAGGUCAAGCGAAUCCAUGAGUACAAGCGGCAGCUGCUGAACUGCCUGCAUGCUAUCACUCUCUAUAACCGUAUGAGAAGUGACCCUUCCAAAUCCUUUGUGCCUAGGACCAUCAUGAUUGGAGGAAAGGCAGCUCCUGGCUAUCACAUGGCCAAGAUGAUCAUUAAGCUCAUCACAUCCAUCGGUGAGGUCGUCAACAACGAUCCCUAUGUAGGGGACAAGCUCAAAGUCAUCUUCCUGGAGAACUACCGGGUAUCCCUGGCUGAGAAGGUGAUCCCGGCAGCAGACCUCUCCCAGCAGAUCUCCACAGCCGGCACAGAGGCCUCGGGCACCGGCAACAUGAAGUUCAUGCUGAACGGGGCCCUCACCAUCGGCACCAUGGAUGGGGCCAACGUGGAGAUGGCUGAGGAGGCAGGCGAAGAAAACCUCUUCAUCUUUGGCAUGCGGGUGGAGGAAGUGGAAGCCUUGGAUCGCCAAGGGUACAACGCACGGGAGUACUACGACCGCAUACCGGAGCUGCGGCAGGCUAUCGAUCAGAUCAGCAGUGGGUUUUUCUCCCCAAGAGAUCCCGGUUGCUUCAGAGAUGUUGUCAACAUGCUCAUGCACCACGACAGGUUUAAGGUGUUUGCCGACUACGAAGCGUACAUUAAAUGCCAAGGCCAAGUGGAUCAGCUGUUCAUGGACCCUCGGGAGUGGACUAAGAAAGUUAUCAGGAACAUUGCGUGCUCGGGCAAGUUCUCCAGCGACAGAACCAUCACAGAGUACGCCCGGGAGAUCUGGGGUGUGGAGCCAUCUGCCACAAAAAUCCCCCCACCCAACCUGCCCCGGGAUUGACGCAAGCACAGAGGGAAAGAGAGGGGGAUGUGUUCCCAGCCUGGGAGGCCUGAGCUGCAUUUCACCGCCAGCCAGAUGGGCUUGGCUCUGCAAAACCAAGGCCUUUACCUCAGCAGGGUAGUAGGAGGAGGAGCCCUGACUGAGCAACAGGAGCUGGGAGAGAGAAUGGACCCUGUGUUUGCACCCAUGUAUCCAGCCUGCACGUGCUGCAUAUUGCUUCUAGUGAGACAACCACAGAUAAGUCUUCCACAACUGUGUUCCACGCUUAACAAGGGAUUUCCAAUUCAAUCCUUCCAGUCCCUCUGCACGGAGCCUUCCUUGGCCUCCUCGCAGCGUGGGGUAUCUUGUAUUCUCCUCCAGGGGCUGUGCCAGCCCAAAAGCAAUCAGAGAGGAAGGCUGCUGCCUGUCCUUCCAAUCACCUCUUGCCCCCAUAAUGCCUUGAGAAAGUGGGGUUGGAUCUUCCAGCAGCUGCCUCCAGUGUGGCCACUGAUUCUGUACAGCCAGGUCCAAAAGGAGAUAGAUCAGCACUUGAGAUCACAGAGCUUGCUGUAGCCUCCUCCUACACCUAUUAACUAAUAGCCCCAUAGCCAAACCACUUCAGGGAUUUUUUUUUAAUGUAUUUUUAUUUUUUAGCAUCCAUGUGUGCAUGGAACAGGUUCUACUUGUCACUGCCAGCUGGGCAGUUGACCCUGCAGUGCCCUUAGGUCCCCAGCGGGGCUCUGGGCUCUCUUGGCACUUCUGCGCAAGUGGUGAAAACAUUAUUACAGCUCUUGUGUCCAUCCACUGCUGGGUGAUGGUGGUUGGUGGUGCUGGGGUCAGUUUAACACCUGUAGUGCAAUGUAGUGCACCCAUACUCCUGUGUGACACCAACUCAUUAAAACGACCAAAAUACCUGCUGGUUUGA